AUGGACGCGCAGCCGCCCGUGUUCUCCGGGACGCUCAAAGUUUACGCUUGUCAUGUUCUCUGGUGCACGCCCGUGCAGCUGACGUACCAUCGACAGGACUACCGCCACGCGCUGCCAGUGCUGCUCAUCCGUCGGCCAAGUCUUCUUGGGGGCGAGUUCCGCGUGCCCCUCGACCCAUGCAUCCACCCAGUGCGACUGCUGCCCGUGUCGAGGAAGAUGGCGGCCAAGCUGGAGUUCGCGCUCGAGUACGGCUGGCACACGAGGCAAGUCCGUCUUCGAGCGCCCGACACCAGCACGUACCGACAGUGGACGAGUCUCCAACUACAGCAACGCAAGAUUCAACGCCACUCUACGACGCAGAGUGCCCGAGGAAGACGAAGACGAAGAACAGUACCACUCCGAUCUCCGCCGACCGGUGCCCAGUGA